UGCUUACAUCAUGUCGUUAAACUCAAGUGAUACUGAUAAACGGCAUGGCAAAGUUUUUACGGUAGAUCUUCUGUUCAAUGAAAAGGAAUGACUGAGGUUUGUUGACGUACAGUUUUGAUAACACUAGAAGGUACAUAUCCCCUCUACUCUGUCAAAAAGGCAGACACAUAUCCGCAAUUGAAAAGCAUGAUGCCCAUGACUUGUGAAAGUUCAAUUGUUUUCCUGUCACAAAUAUGUCAGGCUAAGAUGAACACAACAAGAGCCCUUCCGUCAGGGAAUGAAUUAUCAACAAACACAAUAACUAUCUCACCAAAGACAAGUUGUAUGCGAUGCAUGAUUUUCCGAUCCGAAUAUAGCCCAAAAGCUGUUAGUCCCGUGGAGAAGAAAAAAGGGAAGAAGACAACAGGAAAGAAAGAGCACCACUUGUGGAAAAGUAGAGAUUCAGCUCAGUCUGGCCAAAAGGCACUCACUCUUGUUAGAAAUGUUUGUAAACUCCCUAAUGAGAAAGAGGCUGUUUAUGGGGCAUUAGACAAAUGGACAGCUUGGGAAAUAGAGUUCCCAUUGAUUGCAGUGGCUAAGGCUUUAAAAAUCUUAAGGAAAAGGCGUCAGUGGGUUCGUGUAAUUCAAGUAGCAAAGUGGAUGUUAAGCAAAGGUCAAGGAGCAACGAUGGGAACAUAUGACACCCUUCUUCUAGCAUUUGACAUGGACCAGAGGGUAGAUGAGGCAGAAUCAUUGUGGAACAUGAUCAUACAUGCCCACAUGCGCUCUGUCUCAAAGAGAUUGUUUUCUAGGAUGAUAUCGUUAUAUGAUCAUCAUAAUAUGCCAGAUAAGAUUGUAGAGGUAUCUUUGUUUAUACCAUUAAUCUCACUACAUAAUAUGCCAGAUAAUAUUAUAGAGGUAUCUGUGUUUAUACCAUUAAUCUCACUACACCUUUACAAUCUACUCACAAAGGAUUCAUGA